AAUUUUUUCAGAAAUACAUUGGGAUACGAGUCCAGAGUUACUGUUCAGAUGGGAAUAGGAUGCUGAAGAAGUUUUUAGAUUCUUCCCUUAAUCGUCUCUACCGCAGCAUCCUUUCAGCCGUUUCUUUAUCAACCCAAAUUGUCAAAGACAGAGAAGACAGAGAAGAUAAAAUCUCUCUCUGGCUGGAUGAAUUUUGCAGGGAAUUGGCAGAGGUGAUCAACUUGCCCAGAAGUGACCUGAAGGCCAUCGAGCAUCAGGAGGUCACAGACAUUGAGUUCCUGAGCAGUGUCAUGGCAGAAGGUCUGGCUGCUGUGAAGGACAGGAUCAAGGCAGAAUUUACUGAUGCGGACUUGAGCUCAUUUUCAAGGCAGCCUCACACCAUCCUGGCAGAGCAUUUUUCGGGGUGCUGGGAGCAGUGUCCCUUUUGUGGGGCUGUCUGCACAAACACCAUGCGGGAUCAUGAUGGAGACCAUCAGCUGGUCUUCCAUCGCCCACAGGCUUUAAGAGAAUUCACAUGGUAUAAGCCUUUUUUAUUUUUUUGGAUGUAUAAUUCACACGAAUUGGUUAUUGAUAUUUGUUCCAGUUCUGUUGCAAGUAACUGCAAAUUCAGAUUUCGUAAUGGCCCAUGGAUUCCUUUCAGAAAAUACCGUGAUGCUGGACCUCCUGUUUCCAAUUGGAGGAUUCUUCCAGAUUCAUCCAUGCAGGCGUACUGGAAAUGGUUUGUGUCUCGUUUCAGGACAGAGCUGGAAGCGUUCUGCAAUGGGAAAUUUCAGGGCAGAGGAGUAAUCCCUGAGGCUUGGCAGAGAAUUACCAAGCAGGAAGCACUGUCUGAGCUGGACAGGCUUUAGGCCACAUCCAUGGGAAGGAAGAACCACAGUGGCUUUGCAGUUUAGGAUAACUUGGUACCAGGCUCUCCACAAAAUGCAGUUACAGUAACAAUGCUCUCAAGCCCAAUGAACACGAUGGUACCCAAUUGUUCCCUAAUUUGGUGAAACAAGGCACAUUGCUGCAGCCCUCACUCAGUAACCUCCUUGCUUAAUGAGAAAGCCAGAAUCCUCCUGCCUUCUUGCCAUAAACAUUUCCCUUUGCUUUGACCUAGAGCCAAACCAAAUCUCUCAUUGGGGUAAUAGACCUCAUGGCCAAUCCUGAGCCCAAGUGCCAGGGCAAGGGCAAAGGCAGCAAUCAAAGCAUCCCCUGGCUCAGGUGCUGUGAGACAAGAAAGGACACUUCCCCAGAGGCAGUUUUCCUGCAACAAGGAGGUGUCCUGCUCAGAGAAAGGGCUGUGGGACCUGAGGCCAGCUCCAUGCUGGGCUGCUUGGCUUUUGGGUGUCAUCCUUCCCUCCCUCAUUGCAGCCUCCUGGAUCAACUGAGGCUGUUCUCCAGCAAAAGCUGUUGUGUCCCUGGGCUCAGGAAAGCAGUGACACAACCGCCCCAGGGCUCAGGCAGU